GCACUCCAUUUGCUGUGAUUGGGAGCAACACGACAGUGGAGGUCAAAGGUCAGCGGGUGAGAGGGAGACUUUACCCAUGGGGCAUUGUGGAAGUGGAAAAUCAGUCCCAUUGUGACUUCGUCAAGCUGAGGAACAUGUUGAUUCGCUCACACAUGCAUGAUCUGAAAGACAUCACGUGUGACGUUCACUAUGAAAACUACAGAGCGCAGUGCAUACAGCAAAUGACAAGCAAACUGUCCCAGGAUAAUCGUGUGGAGAGCCCUAUCCCUAUACUACCACUGUCCACCCCGGACGCAGAGACAGAAAAGCUGAUAAAGAUGAAAGAUGAAGAGUUGCGGAGGAUGCAGGAGAUGCUUCAAAAAAUGCAGCAGCAGAUGCACGAACAGGACCUGUAAAUGCCGCUCUGAACAAAAACAGCCGAUUUCAACUUUCAGCUUUUACACAAGCAGACACGUAACACUUUAACAUCCCACUGAAGGAUAUACAGUAGGGAAAGCAAACACAACACAGAGAUAUGAAUGCAUGUGUCGAGCACUGCGGUUAAAAGGGUCGCUUCACCUGAGCCUGAUAUCUAAAACCAGGCUCCAAGUUUAAAUAUUUAGUUACGCUAAAAGAUUUAGUGAUAGUUUGUUUUCACACUUUGUACAGUCCAUGUGAUGCUGUAUGACUGUUUCCAUGGCAAAGACUGCUGCUUUAUUCACAGUAGACAUGGCAAAUGCUCUGUCGUUUUUUUUCUUCUGCCGUUUUUAUGAUCUGUUUCUAUCCCCUUUUCUUUAUAAUAUUUAGUAAUGUGUGUGUGCGAAUGUGUGCCUGUGCCAAUUUGAUUAAAACAAGUGGAAUGCUAAGUGGAAAACCAAAUAUUUGAGUGUUUUUCUACUUUUAAAGAAGCUUUACCAACCAGUUAUUAAAUUCUGAACAAGGUUUAGAAGUAUGAAAACAUUUGCAGUAUUAAAGCAAAUACUUUAACCUUAAUCAUUUUUUCAUUCUUCAUUAAUUUAUUUGUCUCUGAAGGCCUUAUCAGAGCACCUUGAAUUGCAAACUUUGUUGUACGACUGCUAAAUGUUGAAGGGAAUUUUCACUGAUCCAACCUUUUGUCUACAUUAUUGAUUGAACAUGAAAAUUUAAUUCUCAAUUUUUUAUGAGAUUCAGGUUAUAAUAUACCACAUAGGAUGACUGUUCCAGUCCUAUAACACCAAAUUAUUCAUAAUAUUUUACAAAAUGGAUAUCAGACAAUCUUUAUCAGGCUCUAACUUCUUUAUAAAUAUACUUGUUGUUGGUUGGUUUUACAUGGAUACAUUGAGAUAUUGAUUUGUAUGCCCUGUAUGUAUUUACUCAAGCUAUUCAUAUGAGCGUGACAGAUGCAACAUCUGGCAUUUAUCAUGAUUCCUUUGAAAAAUAAACACCAUCUGUG